AUGAGCCAGAUCGUUGAUUUUGUUGAGGACAAAGAUUCAAGAAACGAUGCCAGUAUUCAGAUCAUCGAUGGACCCUCAAAUGUUGAAAUUAUCGCUCUCUCGGAAUCAAUGGAUCAAGAUGAGUGCAAAAGGGCACAUGUAAGCUCUGCAGAGAUGAUUCCAUCAUCACCGCAAAGAAAAUCUGUUUCGAAUGAUGUUGAGAAUGUUGACCUAAACAAAUCUAUCGAACUUUCUGCGCCGUUCUUCCAAGAUAUCAGUAUAAGCAAGCUAGAUGACUUUUCUACAACAGUAAAUUCCAUCAUAGAUUCGUCUCUCAGAAAUGAGAAUAAUGCAAAAGGAAACGCGAAAAAACUUUUGGAUGAUCUAAUAAGUGAUGAAUGGUCAGCUGAUCUUGAGUCGAGUGGAAAGAAGCACAACAAAUCACAAUACAAUUUGAGGGACAUCGCAGAGAAAUGGGGAGUACAGUCUUUAAAAAAUCCAGAGCCUAUUGCUGUUGACUGCGAAUAUAAGACACAAGGAAUCGGAAAAACCAAUAGUGACAUUAGUGAUAGUCCGAAAUCACAGAUAGGAGCAGCUGAUAUACUGUUCGAUUUUCCACUGUCUCCAGUAAAACAUGAGAACCCAACUGAAGAAAAGCACAAUUCGAUUGCUAAUGAAAAUUCUUCACCAGAUAAUAGCCUGAAACCAGCAGGAAAACAAAAUCAUGGUGAAGAUGGGACAUCCAUGGCAAAAAGGGUAUACAAUAAAGGUGAAGACGAGCAAGAACACCUUCCGAAAGGAAAGAAGAGAACCAUAGCGUUAUCAAGAACACUAAUCAACAGCACCAAACUACCUGAUACAGUAGAACUAAAUCUUUCUAAAUUUCUCGAUUCCUCAGAUAGUAUUACUACUGAUGUACUUUCAACCCCUGCAAAGGGGUCUAACAUAGUAAGGACAGGUAGUCAACCAAUCUUUAGCAACGCUAAUUGUUUUCAGGAAGCAAAACGCUCGAAAACAUUAACGGCUGAGGAUCCCAAAUGUACUAAAAAUACUGCCAGAGAGGUAUCACAACUAGAGAAUUAUAUUGCCUAUGGGCAAUACUAUACUAGAGAAGACUCAAAAAACAAAAUACGACACUUGUUAAAAGAAAACAAAAAUGCUUUUAAGCGAGUUAACCAGAUAUAUCGAGAUAAUAUAAAAGCACGCUCUCAAAUGAUUAUAGAGUUUUCGCCUAGCCUUCUCCAGUUAUUUAAAAAAGGAGACAGUGAUCUGCAACAACAAUUGGCACCAGCAGUUGUGCAAUCAAGCUAUAACGAUUCUAUGCCGCUUUUAAGAUUUCUUCGAAAAUGUGACAGUAUUUACGACUUUAGUAACGAUUUCUAUUACCCCUGUGAUCCCAAAAUAGUUGAAGAAAACGUUUUGAUUCUAUAUUAUGAUGCGCAAGAAUUUUUUGAACAAUACACUUCACAAAAGAAAGAAUUAUAUAGGAAGAUACGAUUUUUCUCAAAGAAUGGAAAACAUGUGAUUCUUAUACUAAGCGAUAUAAAUAAACUCAAAAGAGCUAUUUUCCAAUUAGAAAAUGAAAAGUACAAAGCUAGGGUAGAACAACGAUUGUCAGGAACAGAAGAAGCUUUAAGACCGAGAAGUAAAAAAUCAAGCCAAGUUGGAAAAUUAGGGAUAAAAAAAUUUGAUUUAGAGCAACGAUUGCGCUUCAUUGAUAGAGAAUGGCAUGUCAAAAUACAUACUGUAAAUUCACAUAUGGAGUUUAUUAAUUCUCUGCCGAACCUAGUGUCAUUAAUUGGAAAACAGCGCAUGGAUCCCGCAAUUCGGUAUAUGAAAUAUGCUCAUUUGAAUGUAAAAUCCGCUCAGGAUAGUACAGAAACGCUAAAGAAAACCUUUCAUCAGAUAGGGAGAAUGCCUGAAAUGAAGGCGAAUAAUGUCGUGAGCCUAUACCCCAGUUUUCAAUCAUUACUUGAAGAUAUUGAAAAGGGAAGACUGCAAUCAGACAACGAAGGUAAAUACUUGAUGACUGAGGCAGUAGAAAAAAGAUUGUACAAACUGUUUACUUGUACUGAUCCAAAUGAUACUAUUGAAUGA